AUGAUCUAUCAAGUAAUUGUAGUUCUGGUGGCCCUUGCCGUCUCACAGGGCCAUCCAAGCAACUAUGGUGGAGGAGGACCUGUUUAUGCCUCUGGCCCUAUCCCCUACAAUUUCAACUACGCCGUGAACGACGCCUACUCGGGAACCAACUUCGGUCAGAACGAGAAGUCCGACGGCAGCAACGUGUGGGGAUCCUACACCGUCGCCCUUCCCGACGGCCGCAAGCAACAAGUCGACUACACAGCUGACCACGGCAGGGGAUUCGUGGCCAAGGUCAGCUACUCGGGCAAGGCUCAGCAUCCUCAAGUCUACGGUCCGGCCAUCACCUUCCCACAGAACGGCGGAGGAUAUCACUAA